AUGUCCAGUUUCGUCACGCCCGGCCAGCAGCGCUAUAUGCGCGCCUGCAUGGUCUGCUCCAUCGUCAUGACCUACAGCCGCUUCCGCGACGAGGGCUGCCCCAACUGCGAAGAGUUCCUGCACCUCGCGGGCUCGCAGGAUCAGAUUGAGAGCUGCACAUCGCAGGUCUUUGAGGGCCUCAUCUCCCUCGCCAACCCGGCCCGGUCGUGGAUCGCAAAGUGGCAGCGCCUCGACGGCUACGUCGGCGGUGUCUACGCCAUCAAGGUCUCGGGCCAGCUGCCGGACGAGAUCAGGUCGACGCUCGAGGAAGAGUAUAGGAUACAGUACAUUCCACGAGACGGCACUGAGACGGAGGCGGAUUCGUAA